ACACACGAGGAGGCUAUAUAACAAGAUAAUCUCAGGAAAGACGAAUCAGUGGUCCAGGGACGACGCCGUUGAUUUGCCGAGCGACGGAGUGACAGUUUCGUUUCUACUUUCGACCGAUAUUAGGUGUCCAGCCAUGAAGUCGCUGUUGGUGGCUUCGGUACUCCUGGCAACGGCGUACGGCAGCGUCUGGCCGUAUCACGAAUCGGUGGGAUUGGUUUCCGAUAACGAUGGAAUCAUCGCCGUGCCGGCUCACAGAAUUGUACCUGCGGUUAACCUGGGUUCCAACGUAGCAACUGCCCACGCAUCAAGCGUUUCCGCUGGACCAGCCUCUGAACCCGUCGUGAUCAAAGGUCCCCUUUCCAGCGCCGUCAGAAUUGCAGGCCCAUCGGAGAGGACUUAUUAUCUGGAGAGUCCAUAUCGGGCCUCAUAUCGAGUCCCCUAUGCAGUAGUCGGACCCACCGAGAGACCAGUUGCGGUAAGCUCGGCACAAAGCUCCACGUACGGGUCUUCCGCAUCCGCAUCCGCGAGCGCAUCAUCGGGGCAUCCCGAUGGAGCCGUCCUGGUGGACGAUCCAGCCAUUUCGCCGAUAUUGUCCGGCCCGAUCCUCCGAAGCUCUUCCGGUGCAACUGCGGAUGCAAGAGCGUACGCUUCGGGUGCACCCAGUGCCCUGGCUUCGGCUUCUUCGGGUCCAGUUUCCGUCCUGGGGCCGGUCGGCAGUCCAGUCCUUGUCAAAGGUGCAGUCGCGAGCUCCUCGGUGAUCGACGGCUCUUCGUCUGCUCCGGUCGUAAUUCGCGAGGAUUAUCGCCCCGUGACGAGGUGCCCACCGGAAGUUGACCUCGUCGCUCCAAGAUGGCCAGCUGGACGUCCAACUCCCAUUGCGAUCUCGACUCGUCCGGCUCCCAUAGCGAUCGCGGGACCUUCCCCGGGAUCGGUGUCCAUCUCGGGACCUUCGGUACCGGCAACCGUCAUUUCUGGACCAUCCGGCACCAUUACCACCGGUGGAUCCUAUCCAUGGGACUUUAACAGACGAUGGGUCCCAGCUUACAGCAAGUGGUGAACGCUCGCGCUCCAAAAGUCCAGCGACUUCGACUAAUCCGUCGCCGGAAAUUCAUUGUUGCCUUUUUUAAAUAAAGCCACAAAUGAAAAUUGA